AUGGGUCGCCGAUGGAUAAAUGGUUGGAAGGAGGCGUGGGAUGAAUUACAGACAGCAGCCAGUCAUCAUCACUAUCCCGUCAUCAAUGCUACUGCCACUCCACAUCGUCGACCCACCCCACUUUGGCUAGACACCGUCCAACAACUCUUGAAAGGUGGAACGGCCAUCUGUCUAUUUCAUCGCCUCCGCCAAGCUGAUGCAAGUAUGCGUGGUGCCCUAGCUACUGCCUAUUUACGUUCGCGUCGCGUCACAUUGCAUUGA